AUGACAAUAAACCUGUUCCGAUUAAUCACCUAUCUAUCUAUCUAUCUAUCUAAAUUUAUCUAUCUUCUAUCUAUCUCUUUUCAUUAUCUAUCUAUCUAUCUAUCUAUAUAUCUAAAUAUCUAUCUCAUUCUGUUCAUAUUCUAUCUAUCUAUCUCUAGUCUGUUUAUAUCUAUCUAUCUAUCUAUCUAUCUAUCUAUCUAUCUACAUUGUGUCUGUUUUUAUCUAUCUAUAUAUCUCAUCUGUUCAUUAUCUAUCUAUCUAUCUAUCGAUAUAUCUAUCUAUCUAUCUAUUCAUAUCUAUAUAUAUAUCUAUCUAUCUAUGAUAUAUAUUAUAUCUAUUAUUUGUUUAGCUUUAUUUUAUUCUGUUCAUAUCUAUCUAUCUAUCUAUCUCUCUUUAUAUCUAUCUAUUUAUAUUUAUUAUCUCUGUUCCCAAUGUAUCUAUUAUCUAUCUAAAUCGAUCUAUUUAUUAUAUAUAUCUUAUUCUGUUUCAUAUCUAUCUAUUUAUCUAUCUAUCUAUCUAUCUAUCUAUCCAAUUUUUCUAAAUCUAUCUAUCUAUCUAUCUAUCUAUCUCAGUCUGUUGUAUCUAUCUAUCAUCUAUCUAUCUAUCUAUCUAUAUUUCAUAUUUAAACUAUAA